AUGUCUGCCAACAACGACAACCAGACAAAGAAAGAGGCAGAAAUUGAUGAGGAUGAAGACGAAGACGAUGACGAUUUCCUCGAAGUGCCCCCGCUCGUCGAUGCUAGUCUGCGUAAGCCUCCUCCUCUGCCUUCAUCGGAUCCUGACGAGAAGCUAUUGGCCGACCAGGAGGUGUACGUCACCGACAAACUGCCGUGGGAGCUAGAAACUGCCCAAUCGGACCGGCCUAGAACGUUCUACAGUUCGAAUUCGUGUGCAAGGCGACCCAGGAAGUCAGACGCAGUCCGCCGGCACAGCAACAAGACGGUUGCUGCCAAGGUGGCCGUAUCGGACCGAGCACCUGAGGAUUGCGUCGUUCCACAAAGCGAAAGCACGUUUUUCAGGGCCUCUGAAACGCAGCAUCGCUUCUGGAAGCCCAUUGAACCCGAGGAAUAUGAGGCACCGGAUGUGGACCAAAUGGAGGCUGCCAUCUCGCUUAACCCUCACACGGAACCGCCGCCA